AUGUAUACUCGGCUCAUUAUGGUACGGAGGUAUACAACAUCAACCAUGACCAAAAGCUAUCCGUCACGAUUACAACAUUUAGUAAAGACGCCACUUUAUGAAGCCUUGGACAACCAAUAUAAAUCAGGGAAAUUGCAGAUAGCGCAGGGUGCCGACUGGAAUGCCAAAACAACCACUUCUUAUUCUCCAGAGCUUUUGACCGAAACCCUAAACUCCACUCGAUCUUUACCAAUGACCAAGUUCCCUAGGCAAGAAAUCUUGAAACAGGUGGAAUUGGAUCCAAAAGUUGGCCAAUGGAGGAAAUUUAUAACAGGUUGGUUUAGGAUAGGGUUGUAUCUCUUGAAAAUGUACAAAUCAGGGAUUCAGGACACUUUUAAAGUUUAUUGGAGUACAAGACACGUGAAACGUGAAUUUGACAUAAAGAAUGGCUCUUUGGCCAAACUGGUCCGUGAAAUAGAAAUGAGUGAAGUGAAUAUCAAGCUGUCCUCCUCAUCGCUAUCCAAAAAGGCGGAUGUUAAGGCUGCUUCAAUACCGUUUUCAAUUAACCGGAAACAGCUGGUGGAAUUGAUCAGAAGAGAUCAAAUUUGGAAACUACCGGUCUUUUUCAGUUUGGUAUUCAUAUUUGAGGAGAUGAGUGCGUUGAUAUUCACAUUCUUUCCACGUGUUUGCCCAUAUAACUGCUUAACUCCCGGUGGGUACAAGAAGCUCUCCAAUGUUUAUAUUAAGGACACUACGGGAAUUAAUGACAACCGUGGUCUGGGUCCUUUAAAGUUUACUAAGCAAGGGAAUAUUAAGUAUGAACCACCGUAUGCUAUUCCAAUUGAGAACGUAUACAGUUUCCUAAAAUGCUUUCCGCAGAGUAUGACAUCAGGCUGGAAACUAUACAUAUAUAAGAAAUUGAAACUACAGAAAUUGCUUUGUGAUGAAUUGGAGAAAAUCUACCAAUAUUUCUUAAUUGAUGACUGGUUAUUGUUGCAAGGUAUACUCAAAACUGAAGGUGGAACAGCCAAAGUUGUUUUAAGUGAUAAAGAAUUGGUCAAUUGUGUACUCGAAAGGAAGCUUUAUCGUAAGGACGAAGACUUAAACAAAAUGGUUAAUGAUACUUCAGGGCAAAAUAUAUUGUUAAAAAGAUUGUUUCUUUAUUGGUCAUUGAGGUACGAUGACACUAUUUCAUUUAACGGAGAACAUACAUUCAGCGAAAAAUGGGGAGUCGAUAAUAUUUCACUCUUGAAAUAUAAUAUAGAGCUGGUGAUCACAAAGGACAUCUGA